AUGCCUCCUCGUCGCACGUCGCGCGCGCCAAGCGUGACAGCAGAGCCAGUAUCUGCCGAAUCUUUGCCCGCUAAGCGAAAACGAGGUCAAACUGUUGAACAGGAAGCCGAGGUGAAAGAAACUGCCGCGAAACCGCCUUCGAGAGCGCGUCGAAGCACAUCAGCAAGACCCAGUGCUCCACCACCAUCCAAAACAAGACAGUCGACGCGCUCAAAAGCCUCAUUACCCGACGUUGCAGAGUCAGAAAAUGAGGAGCAAUCAGAUGCCCCUCCGCCAGUCAAGAAAGCGAGACCAUCCAUCGAGAGCCAGUCAGAGGACGUAGUCAAAGUAGAGGAAGAGGAGGCGACUGUCGAUGGGAGACCCAAGCGUGGAAGACGUGCUGCCAGUACCGCAAAGGCCACCCGCUCUACUGAUAUGGAAGUUGACGAGGAGGCCCCGUCCAAGACCACCGGUCGUCGUACUUCAACCCGGAAGGGAACUGCCUCAGCAGGAAGCAGGGUUAGUGUCGCUUCAGCAAGAUCAGGCGAAACAUCCGGGUCCGCUCGCAUUGAAGAGGCAGCCAGCGAAGAGGAGGAAGUCGUCAAACCGACCAAAGGGCGCAGGGUGCCUGCUAAAGCAGCGCGGAGAGCUCCUUCCAAAGCGAUCCAGUCAGAUGAUGCGGAAGAGUCAGCAGAUGCCAUGUCAGUGGUCUCAGAAGAAGGUGACGACGAUGACUCAAAGCCUGUUCGCAAAGGGAGGAAGGCCAAGACCCCUGUUGCGCGAAAGGGCAAGGGCAAGGCCGCCUCCACAAAGCUUGCACCAGCUACCGUGAUAGAGGAGUCCGAUGACGAGCUAGAUCUUCCUUCUACCACCCAGUCUAGAAGAAAGCACACCUCACCAAAGGUUGAAGCCUCCCAGAAACAGGGAAAUACUACGGAUAAGGAAGAAGAAGAGGAAGAGGAAGAAGAAAAAUCGCUUUUCGAACCCCCUCCCCUCCCUGCUGUGCCAACUAUGUCACAGACGAUUCCGGAAGAACCAACAGGGCCUAAGUCGCGUCUGGUCAUCCACAAAAUGGCUUUGAUUAAUUUCAAGAGUUAUGCAGGCCGGCAGGAAAUUGGCCCCUUCCAUAAGUCUUUCUCGUCAAUCGUUGGGCCCAACGGAUCUGGAAAAUCUAAUACUAUUGACGCGCUCUUAUUCGUCUUCGGUUAUCGUGCGUCAAAGAUGAGACAGGGAAAGAUUUCUGAACUUAUCCACAACUCGGCAAACUAUCCCGAUCUCGACGAAUGUAGCGUGGAAAUUUAUUUUAGGGAGAUUGUGGAUCUACCUGGACCCGACGCUUUCGAGAUUGUACCAAAUUCGCAACUGGUUGUAUCACGUACAGCUUAUAAGAACAAUGCAAGCAAAUAUGCAAUCAACGGACGAACAAGCAACUAUAAGGAAGUUCAGACAUUACUGAAGGGUCGAGGGAUUGACCUCGAUCAUAAUCGAUUCCUAAUUCUUCAGGGAGAGGUCGAAUCCAUUGCUCAAAUGAAACCUAAGGCCCCCACUGAACAUGAGGAUGGUCUACUUGAAUACUUGGAAGAUAUCAUCGGCACGUCUAAGUAUAAGGAACCUAUUGAGGAAGCUCUUGUUGAGAUGGAUCGUUUAUCUGAGGAACGUCAAGUCAAGCUUAAUCGGGUUCGACUCGUGGAGAAGGAAAAGACAGCUUUGGAAGCUAAGAAGAAGGAAGCGGAAGAUUUUCUACGGAUGAAGAAUGAUCAUGUCAGGGCGCAGUCCGUUUACUACCAAUGGAUUCUGUACAAAGCCUUCGAAGCAGAAGAAAGGCAUACAAAUACUAUCCAAAAACUCCGCAAGGAGCUGGAAGCACAGACUGAACAAAAUAAAGAUGAUAUCAAUCACCUCGAAUCCCUUCAAGAUCAUUACAACGAACGUGAAAAAAGCUAUUUGGAAGUUAAAGCGGCUGCGGCUGAUGCUGCGAAAGACCUUACUUCAAGUGAAAAGCGUGAAAUUGCUUUGCAAGAAAAAAGAAAGCAUUCAGCUACAAGAGCUAAGAAAUUGAAAAAAUCUUUGCAGGAGGAUGGUCACGCGAGAAAGACUGCCCUUAAUGUUAUUGAAGACAGUACAGCGAAACUUGAAAAGGAGAAGAAGAAUCUCGUGGGCCACGAAAAAUCUCUUGAGGAGGAAGAAAAGGUGUUGGAGGGUAUCCGCGACAGCCUCAAAGAUAAAACUCAGGUAUUCCACGACAAGAUACAGGUCAAACAGAAGGAACUUCAGCCAUGGACCGCCCAAAUCAAUGAAAAGCAGGCUGCGAUUGACGUCGCCACUAGCGAACGCGACGACCUUGCAAAGAAGGCUGAAGCCCUUAAAGCACAGUGUGCAGAGGCCGCUGAUACGCUAAAAGCUUUGUUAGAGGAGCGUGAAACCAAGGUCGCUCAACAAGAGGAUCUUAAACAUGAGAAGACUCAACUUCAACAAAACAUUGCCCAGGCUGAGAAAAACCUUCGCGAUGCUCAAGCACGCGUAAAUGAAUGGAAGGGGAAAGCUGGUGCUGCACGCGGGAAAGUAGAUGAGGCCAGAGCCAACCAGUCUGAAAACAGAUCUCGUAACGCCGUUUUAGAUUUUCUUACAAACCAGAAAGCCAAAGGACAGAUUGAAGGGUUCCAUGGGCGUCUGGGAAGUCUGGGAACAAUUCCCGAUAAAUAUGACGUCGCGAUCUCAACUGCUUGUGGUGGUGGUCUCAACAACAUGGUGGUGGACGUUGUCUCUCAGGCUCAAAAUUGCAUUGAAAAGCUGCGCAGGAACAAUGUUGGAAGGGCGUCUUUCAUGGUACUCGAGAAGCUGGGCAAGAAUGUUGUUGAGAAUGUUCAGACCCCUGAAGGCGUUCCUCGUUUAUUCGACCUCGUUAAACCCAAGGACCCUGCCUACGCCCCCGCAUUCUACAAGGCGAUUGGAAACACGCUUGUGGCCACUGAUCUCGACCAAGCCAAUCGCAUCGCAUUCACUGGGAAAAGAUGGCGUGUCGUUACCUUGGAUGGUGCGUUGAUCGAAACCUCGGGUGCCAUGUCAGGUGGUGGCGGCCAGCCAUCGCGAGGCGCAAUGAGCUCCAAACUGGCUGCUGCUUCAGUGACACCUCAGGUUCUUCAGGGUUACGAGCGUGAAAGCGAGCAGGCUACACAGCAACUCCAAAAGGCAACCAACGACUUCCGGGACUCAGAACAGCAAUUAGAUAGUUUGAAGAGACGGGGUCCUGAAAUUGACCUUGCUUUACAGAAGAUCAGCAUGGAUAUCGAGAACGUUAAACGCAGGACCGCCGAAGCCGAGAAGCGUGUUCGCGACUUGAGUUCUCAAAACAAACCUAAUACAGGAGACCUUGCCCGCAUCUCCAAGCUAGAAAAAGAGAUUUCAGUCUUUGAGCGAGAGCUUCAGGAUCUUCAAGCAAAAUCAGGACGUAUCGAACAGGAUAUCAAAGACUUGGAGAAGAAGAUUCUAGAUAUCGGUGGCUCGAAAUUGCUCACUCAGAAGUCGAAGGUCGACGGUAUUCGUUUGCAUAUCAAGCUCACGAAUGACGAAAUCACCAAAGCAGAAAUGGCCAAAUCUCGAGCGGAGAAAGACGCGGUCAAACUGGAAGGUACCAUCAAGGCCAACACCGAAGCUUUAGCCGUCCUCGAAGAAGAGAUCGAGGAAUUCGACGGCGAAAUUGCUACGCUUACAACAUACAUCGAUAACUUGAGAGAGAAAGUAGAAACCGCUCAGGCAGCUGCGGAGAACUCCAAGGAAGACUUAGACGACCUUAAGUCCAAACUGGACGAACAAGAAGGCAUCAUUUCCCAAUUCAGGCAAACAGAGUUGAAACUCAAACAAUCCAUCGGUGAUGCUGAGAAAGAUCUCAAGGAUACCGUUGCCAGCAUCAACGCCUACGAGGAAAUGCACAAUGAUUUGACAUUGGAAGAUAUUGACGAGGAUGACGAUGAAGAUGAAGAUGAAGAAACUGAAGCAGCUGUUAACAAUGAGGAAAAGGCUGACAAUGAGAACCCCGAAGCUUCAGUUAAAGUAGAGAAUGUGGAUGAGCCUAUGGCUGAUCAACAGCCGGCUCAGAAACGCAAAUCCACAGGAUCUCCCCACCAACUGAGAGAAUAUUUGCCCGAUGAAUUGAGGAAGAUGAAGAGAGAGGAACUCGUUGCUGAAAUGGAAUAUCUUGAUGAAAAAAUCAAAAGAGCCCGACCGGAUUUGUCUGUUCUCAAAGAAUACAAGGAAAGGGAGAAGGAUUAUUUCAACCGAGCCAAAGAUCUCGAGGCUAUCACGGCUGAACGAGACUCCCAAAAGGCUAAGUAUGAGACUCUUCGGAAGCAACGUCUGGAUGAAUUCAUGGCUGGUUUCAACUUGAUUUCGUUAAAGCUUAAGGAAAUGUACCAGAUGAUUACUCUUGGUGGCAACGCCGAGCUGGAGCUGGUAGACAGUUUAGAUCCUUUUUCCGAAGGUAUCAUUUUCAGUGUUAUGCCGCCCAAGAAGAGUUGGAAGAACAUUUCAAACUUAUCUGGUGGAGAAAAGACUUUAAGUUCUCUGGCUCUGGUCUUUGCCCUUCAUGUUUUCAAGCCCACACCACUGUAUUUCAUGGAUGAAAUCGAUGCUGCGUUGGAUUUCCGCAACGUGUCUAUUGUCGCCAAUUACAUCAAGGAUAGGACCAAGAAUGCGCAGUUCAUCAUUAUUUCUCUUCGAAAUGACAUGUUUGAACUCAGCCAUCGACUGAUUGGUAUCUACAAAACUUCCAACGCUACCCGAAGUAUCUCUAUUGAUAAUCACGCACUUCAGUCAACAAUUCCACGACCUGUACCCCAAAGUGCCCAGGCGAUGGCUUGA